UGCCCUGCAGGGACGACAGCCGCAAUCCCAGUCUUGAGCACCUGAGCACCGCGGGUCAGGGUGGUAAAUGGCAGCAAAAGAAAUGCUGGUAGCAGCGGCGCUGUGGCAGAGGGUGGCACAGCGUCAUGGCGGGCAGGGCUGUGGCACGACUGCAGGAUCGUUUCCAGCAGGAGUGUCGCUGCUCCGACCGUCCUCCCCACUUUACCGCAUGAGAGGUGGAUGUAGUGUGAAGACAUGGGGCUGGCGUGACCUGCUACAAUCUCACAGCUCUUGGUGAACCAGUGUCAUCCGCACCCCUGGGUGGCAGCUCAUCACCCUCCUGUCCCGCUGUCCCUGCCUCUCUCCACAGGCCUUAUCACCUCGGGCCUGAGACACCCAGCACAAAAAAAACAAGAAAAUACAGGAGAGUGGAUGCCAUUUCCACGGUCUUCCACUGCUUAAGGCAGACGCAACAGCUCUGUCAGGUGGACAUCACCCAGGCUGAGUCUAACCCGUCUACCCUUCCUGAACCCCAUCACUUCACAGCCCGGCAUGCAGAGAGCGCAGCAGGCCAGUGAGGCUCUGCCGCAGGUCACGUCAGCCGCACGGGCGACGCCGGCCAGGAACUCUAGGCGACGUGGUUUAUGGAUCGGUGAUUUCAUCUCACUUAUCUCCGAUUCCGCCUCCUUGCAGUCACUCGCAGCGCCGGGCUGCACGACCUUUGUGCUCAUUACCCCUGGGGGAAUUGUCACUUUUCCCAGAGUCACAGGUACGCAUUGCAUCAUGUUUGCGACACACGUGCUGCCUGCCUGCCCUCUCUUUCCAAAACCAACUCUUUGGAAAGAAAGUGGAAAAAAAAAAAAGCGAAGGGCAAACGAUACAAACAGAAGUACUUUUGUACUUUGAAUUCCAACAUGUAACCCAGGUCUGAUUGACGGGCCAGUCUGAAUCAUCCCCGUGCCAGAGCCGCGGGGAUCGCAUCUUCCCUCACAGGAGGGUACAGUAGACAGUCUUAUGACCUCGCCUCCGCUCUUACAUAUAUAAGUCAAGUGGCGGCUGCUCUGAGAUGGUCAUUGGUGCGCUCCUCGAACGUGUCACAACCUUUGGUGUGGAUUACCCCAGAUCUUUCACGCCCCGGGCAGACAAGACGCGGCUGCAGGUGUGGAGGAACUCAGCGGGUCUGACAAGCCCCCGGGACCCAGAGACUCGCGUCGGCUCUCAGCUCGGGUUAGGUUUUGACUCCGUGGUCUCGGCUUGGUCUCAGUCCGCUUUCGGUCGCACCGGUGGGGCUGUGAAUGAAAACGGAACCACGCCGUCGGCUCGAAUCCAUGCUGCCGAAGUUGUCCCUAGUGAUGCUGCUACCACCCCGCGCAGAGCUCCACGCUUACAAGGUCGGCAACAGCAAAAUGCAGUCCUGGUGCCUGUCCGCUCUCCUCCUGCUGGCGCUGGCGGUGCUGGAGGGGCUGGCCGCCGCGUCCCCCGAGCAGCACGGCGCCGACGAGUCCCGCUGCCCGUCCUGCGGCAUGCCAGCCCUGGACAAGGGCUCCGAGGAGCAGCUGCUGACAGAGAUCGCCAAGCAGCAGAUCCUCAGCAAGCUGCACCUGAAGGAGCGACCCAACAUCACUCACGCGGUGCCCCGCGCGGCGCUGGUCACGGCGCUCCGAAAGCUGCACGCGGGCAGAGUGAGGCAGGAUGGCACGCUGGAGCUGGGCAACACUCCGGAGAGCGCGCAGACUAGAGACCCGGCGUACGAGAUCGUUAGUUUUGCAGACACGGACCACGCGGACAGCGCGGCCGGGCGCGGCGGGCUGGCCUUCCAGUUCUCCAAGGAGCGCGGCCAGAGCCUGCAGAUCCUGCAGUCCACGCUGUGGCUGUACGUGCGCGCGGCGGAGGCGCCGCGGGGGAAGGCGACGGCGCAGGUCUACGCGGCGGGGCCCGGCGGCGCCAAUCGCACGCUGCUGGGCCAGAAGCAGUUCGAGGUGAAGUGGGGCCGCUGGCACACCUUCACCGUCACCCGCGGCGUGCAGGCCUUCUUCGACAGCGGCGACAAGCGGCUGAGGCUGGAGCUGGAGUGCCAGGGGUGCCAGGAGCUGGCGGUGCUGGGCAGCCCGGGCAACUCCUCCCACCAGCCCUUCCUGGUGGCGCAGGUGAGGCCGCGGGACGAGAGCCACGCCAUCCGCCGGCGCUCCCUGAGCUGCGGCAGCAACGUCAGCCUGUGCUGCAAGAAGGACUUCUACAUCAAGUUCCGCGACAUCCAGUGGCAAGACUGGAUCAUCGCGCCCGAGGGCUACCACAUGAACUACUGCAUGGGCCAGUGCCCGCAGCACCUGGCGGGGGCGCCGGGCAUCGCUUCCUCCUUCCACGCCACCGUGUUCAACCAGCUCAAGGCCAACGGGAUCCACACGGCCAUCAACUCCUGCUGCGUGCCCAUCCAGCGCCGCCCGCUCUCCAUCGUCUACUUCGACUCCACGCACAGCAUCGUCAAGACGGACAUCCCCGACAUGAUCGUGGAGUCCUGCGGCUGCACAUAGUGGGCCCCGUCUCGUCCAGCAGGCGGACGAGGCCAGAGAGCGGGCAAACGCCACCGCG